GCUUUUCAGAGUGCUGAAGGGCGAGUACAAUGCGACCCUGCGGACGAUGCUGACUCAGGCAGUGAAACAGGAGUCAAGCCGGUACAUGGAGACGGUGUUUGCGAAGGGCAGCGUGUGCCACCAGAUGUACUUCGUAGAUGGACCACGGCUUCUCUACAGCCGAGAUACCGGACUGAAGAGCUGGCUGGCAGAUCGCGGGGUGGACUUUGAGAAGAAAACGAAGAAGAGUCCAGCGCGCCGCGUGCAGAACAUGCUUGGCCGCAAGACGCAGUUCCUCGAAACUCAGAACGAGAUCUUCCAGAAUUACGAGCUUCCCAAAGGCUCCUACUUGUGCGAGGCCUGCAUCUGGGCCGAUAAGUGGGUCAACCAGGGCGACUUCAUUUCAACAUCACACAGCAAAUUGGUGACCAUCCGCAGCGAUGCUUUUGCUGAG